CGCCUCUCCCCCGCCCCAGCCAGCCCUUUCAGUGCAAGGCAGCGCUUUAAACCCCUCCCCUCUUCGCUUUCACUCCCGGCCCCUUUCCCGUCGCUGCUCAUUCAGAAGAGACGAUGCUCCCCAUCACACGCAGCCCUCUCCUCUGCCCCCCCUCUGCCCCAGCCCUUUAAAAAGCUUUAUAUCGCCCAGGAAUUUGUAUGGGAGAGAGCGGGAACACAGGGAAAGGCAGCGUUUGCCAGGCAAAAGUAGAGCUGCAGCAGUUGGGGGGUGAGGGUUUGGAGCACCCCUCUGCUCUGAUAGAGCAAGGAAAACCGGGAAUACCGACGGACAGGGGCGUGGGCAUUGAAGCCUUCAGUGCCACGUAAAUGCUUCCUAAACACAGGCAGAGGGAGAGGGAAGGAGGAAGGAGGCAGCCCCGGGAUCAGAAGACGACCCCAGCUCUCUGGUGAUGGCAUGGAUCGGACGCUGGUUUCCCCACCUCUCAGUCCUGCCACGGUCCAUCAUCCCCCAAGUGCCAAGGCACAAGACUGAUGCAGAGCUGCUCUUAGCAACCCAGCCAUGGCCGGAGAUUCUAGGAUCUUCAUGAACCAGGACAUGGACAUCGGAGUUACAUCCAGAGAGCCUAAGAAGAUUCCCAAGCAGGCUCGGGAUGAUGUCCCCAUUGCCACCGACCGAACCCGCCUCAUAUCAGCAGAGGGUAAGAAGCCACGUCAGCGUUACAUGGAGAAAAGUGGCAAGUGCAAUGUGCACCACGGCAAUGUCCAAGAAACCUACCGGUACCUUAGUGACCUCUUCACUACGCUGGUGGACCUCAAGUGGCGUUUUAAUCUGCUUGUCUUCACCAUGGUCUAUACCAUCACUUGGUUGUUUUUUGGGUUCAUAUGGUGGCUCAUUGCCUAUAUCCGGGGAGACCUCGACCAUCUUGAAGAUGAGAACUGGAUCCCCUGUGUUGAAAAUCUCAGUGGAUUUGUUUCUGCAUUUCUGUUUUCUAUCGAGACUGAGACAACAAUUGGGUAUGGCUAUAGGGUCAUAACAGAGAAAUGCCCAGAGGGCAUCAUACUGCUUCUGAUCCAGGCUAUUCUGGGCUCCAUUGUCAACGCGUUCAUGGUGGGGUGCAUGUUUGUCAAGAUCAGCCAACCAAAGAAGAGGGCUGAAACCCUCAUGUUUUCUAACAAUGCCGUGAUUUCCAUGAGGGAUGAGAAGCUCUGUCUCAUGUUCCGUGUUGGAGACCUCCGCAACUCCCACAUUGUUGAGGCUUCCAUUAGAGCCAAACUGAUUAAGUCCAAACAGACCAAAGAAGGAGAGUUUAUCCCCUUGAACCAAACGGACAUCAACGUGGGAUUUGACACUGGAGAUGACAGAUUGUUCCUGGUGUCACCUCUUAUCAUCUCACAUGAAAUCAAUGAGAAAAGUCCCUUCUGGGAGAUGUCCCGCACCCAACUGGAGAAGGAGGAGUUUGAAAUUGUGGUCAUCCUGGAAGGAAUGGUGGAAGCAACAGGGAUGACUUGCCAGGCUCGCAGCUCCUACAUGGACACUGAGGUGCUGUGGGGACAUCGCUUCACUCCCGUCCUCACCUUGGAGAAGGAUUUUUAUGAAGUCGACUACAACAGCUUCCAUAGCACUUAUGAGACCAACACUCCUGUGUGCUGUGCCAAAGAGCUGGCUGAGUCUCGCCGGGAAGGGCAGCUCCUCAGCCACCUCUCCAGUGCCACCCUCCUCAGAGAAGCGGAGACAGCAAGAGGGGAGGAAGAAGAAGAGGAAGGCGGCAGGGAGCCAGCAGGAUUGAAUGGAGCCAAUGGGACAGCAGGAGAGGUGAAAGAAGAUAUGCUUGUAUAACACCUGAACUGCAGGACAGUAGUUACCCACGUACACGUACUGGGAGACUGGUGAGUCAGGAGUUGACUGGGAGUCAGCUGAGAUUUAUGUCCAGAUCUCUGCUGCCUGCUGCUUGAUCCUGGCGAGUCACUGCCCAGCACUGUGCCUCAGUUUCCCUCCCCUUUUAGCUGUACAGUGGGCUGUGCACUCAUUUACAAAACAUUUUGAUCUCUGCGGAUGAGGCUCACUGAAUAUCAUCACUGUUACAAUUGAAAUUCCCACCAGUGGUUGUUUCAAAAUAUGUGCAUUGGACGUUCAGAACUCUUCCCCCUUGAGAGGGUAUUUAAAAAGUAAAAGUCCAGAAUGUCCCAUCUCAGUAUGAAGAAUGUGGUUUCAUACCUUCACUUAAUUUGUGAGUCAAUGUAUUGUAGGCAUUGUUACUGCUGAAUUAAAGGAAGAGGAAAAAAGA